AUGACUGAUAUGAAAAAAGGAUGGCAUAUCUCCGUCUAUGUUGGCCACAUGCAUGCUAUGGAGAAGAGAACAAGUGUCCAAGAGUCUAGAAAAUUGAACCAAAUAUUUUUCCCCAAGUACCUCAAUAAAGUAUACCCAAUUAGGCUACAGAGAAGCUCUUCAACUUCAUCAUUAUCUUCAUUGUCAUCAUCGUUGUCACAAAAUUCAGAUGAAUCUUCCCUCACAGAUUCUUGGAAUCUAGAGGAUGAAAAUAUUUCAUUACCACUGCAUUUGAUUUCGCCACGUCGAAGAAGAGAACGUGCAGUUACUAAUACUGCACAGCAACAACAAAGUGCACACACUGCUGAGCCUGGUGAAUUGAAAAGGUGCAAUUGGAUCACAAAGAACUGUGAUAAGGCAUACAUAGAAUUUCAUGAUGUGUGUUGGGGGGUCCCAGCUUACGAUGACAAAAAAUUGUUCGAGUUGCUUAUACUGUCUGGAUUGCUGAUAGAUUACAACUGGACAGAAAUUCUGAAAAGAAAGGAAAUUCUUAGACAUGUUUUUGCCGGAUUUGAUCCUAAUGCUGUUGCCAAAAUGGAGGAGAAGGAAGUCAUGGAGAUAGCAUCAAACAAAGAAGUUUUGUUACCCAAUUGCAGAGUUAGAUGCAUAGUAGAUAAUGCCAAAUGCAUAAUGAAGAUUGUGAGGGAAUGUGGAUCAUUCAGUAGCUAUAUAUGGAGUUAUGUAAAUCACAAACCAGUGAUAAACAGAUACAGAUACCCAAGAGAUGUUCCACUAAGGACUCCAAAAGCAGAUACCAUCAGCAAGGACUUGAUAAAGCGUGGAUUUCAAUUUUUGGGUCCAGUGAUAGUUUAUUCUUUUAUGCAAGCUGCAGGAUUGACCAUUGACCAUCUCGUGCAUUGUUAUAGGCACAAUGAAUGUGUAAGGCUAGCAGAAAGACCUUGGAGACAUUUAUAAA